UCGUCCUCAGCUCGGCUCCAUGCUCUCCGUCCAGCCCUCGGAGCUGGGGGCCUGCGGCGGAUUCAUCCCAGACAGCCGGGACCUGAAGACCCUCCUCCUGCACCAGCAGGCCAAGGGGCUGCUGGGUAUUAAAGCAACUAUCUCGUCGUCCGUGGGAAACUGCGUCCUCUCUUCACUCGCCUUCCGACCCAAACCAGUCGAGGCACUUCCUCCACCUCCUCCUCCACCUCCACCUCCUCCACCCCCGCCAUCCCCAAAACGUGUAGAAGUAACAACCAAUGAAACGAGCUCAGCCUCCCUCAGUGACGCUGAGGACCUCGGACUGAUGUCAGACGACGCUGAAACCCCUGACAUCAGACCACAGGAGGCGGCGGGGGGGGGUGCUAACACAGCUGACGGGGGAGCAGAGAAGGAAAAAAGUGCCGCAAACACAGUUGAGACGGAGGAAUCGGUGCCAAAGAAAAGUACACAGGAACCACCAGGGGAACAGGAAGCAGCAGAUAAACCAGAGGCGCAGCCGGCUCCAAAAGCCAUCCCUUUCCGGGUCGUCUCCAUGCCCGUGAAGUCCACCUCUCAGAGUGCAGCAGCAACGAAAGACGCCCAAAAGCCCAACACUCAUCGGGUCACGCUGCACCAGUGGGUGUCCCAGAUCGCCACCAACUCCCUCUCGCUCCCCGCCCUGCCUCCCCUCCCCCCCGCCCAGCUGAUGUUAGACGACGACGACAAGCCCAGCAUCCGGAGGAAGAAGCAGAUCCGACCCCCGGCGGACCGAUACACCUGCAGCGUCUGUGACAAGAGCUUCCCGUACCAGUCCAAGCUGAUGGACCACGAGCGCAUCCACACCGGAGAGAAACCCUUCGUGUGCACCGCCUGCAACAAGAGCUUCAGGACCCAGGCGUUCCUCAACAACCACCUGAAGACGCACAGCACGGCGCGCCCCUACGCCUGCGGGCAGUGUGGGAAGUGCUUCACCAAACUGCAGAGCCUCUCCAAACACAUGCUGGCUCACAGCGGCCAGAAGCCCUUCUACUGCAACAUCUGCAACAAGGGCUUCACGCAGUCCACCUACUUCAAGCGCCACAUGGAGUGCCACACCAGCCAGAUGACGUUCCCCUGCAAGCACUGCAGCAAGAGCUUCCCCACGGCCUUCAAGCUGUCCAACCACGAGCGCUGGCACACGCGAGACCGCCCCCACAUGUGCGAGCGCUGCGGGAAGAGGUUCCUCGUCCCCAGCCUGCUGAAGAGACACAUGGGAUACCACAUCGGAGACCGCCAGUACCUCUGCUCCCAGUGCGGGAAGACCUUCGUGUACCUGUCGGACCUGAAGAGGCACCAGCAGGAUCACGUGCCCAAAGCUAAGAUCCCGUGCCCCGUCUGCCAGAAGAAGUUCUCCAGCAAAUACUGCCUGAGGGUCCACCUGAGGAUCCACACAAGAGAGAGACCGUACCGCUGCUCCAUCUGCGAGAAGACCUUCACCCAGGUGGGGAAUCUGAAGGUCCACAUCCGGCUGCACACCAACGAGCGACCGUUCAGCUGCGACGUCUGCGGCAAGACCUACAAGCUGGCGUCCCAUCUGAACGUGCACAAGAGGACGCACACCUGCAAGAAGCCGUGGACGUGUGAAACGUGCGGGAAGGGCUUCUCCGUGCCCGGCCUGCUGAAGAAACACGAGCAGACGCACACGAGGGACGCUAACCCCGAGCUCGCCGGGAAACGGAGGCACCGGGGUAAACACAAGAAGCACUCGGUCAAGAGGAAGUACGACGAGGAAGAGGAGGCGAGCGAUGAUUAUUAAUCAAAGAAACAUUUCGUAUACAAUAAGGAUGCUCUGAUUCCAGGGCCUGAUUGGAUAACGUUAAUCCACAUAGCUACUGUGUAAUUGUCUUUUUAUAAACGUUUAGUUAGCGUGUGUUAAGCCACCGUGGUGGUUAAGGUAAUGCAAACACAUAUAGAAUAAUGUUAGGAUGUUUUCUGAUCAUUGGAUUUAAAAGCUACCAAUUUGAGUUAUGAUGGGUGGUUGGCUCGAACAGUUUCAACAAAUAAAGCCCAUUGUUCUGUAAUCACUGCUGUGUUCAUAUAAUCUGGUGAUUUGACACGAUACGUUGAGGAAAUUAUGUUACCCUUAACUGUCACAUCAUGAGAGAUAGCCUACAAAGGAGUAGUAAAGAUUUAAAAGUAUUUUUCAGAGUUGUCAAUCAUUUUCAUUACAAAGUCAUGGAUAAAAGAAAUUGUAUUUACUAACCCUAACCCUAACCCUAUUUCAACGCAUGUACCUGUUGAUAAUGUGAUAACAUGUUGUAGUCUUUGUGGAAACUGUAGGAACUACUUUUACCACUCACUUUUUUAUGUAACCAUGUAAACAGCACAGCUACUCUGCUUUUGUUUUAGACAACAGGCUGGAUAUCAUCUCGUCCAGCAGUAGGUGUGUGUUGUUGCUCUGAUGAUGAUGAUGAUGAUGAAAAUAUUAUUGUAGAGUGGACACGAUGAAAGCUUUUCAAAGGUUUGAUGAGGUUUUGCUGUGAAUCUUAAUUCAAGUCAAUAAGAAUAUAUACCUGUUUUUGAUGUUUUGCAGAAAAAUAAACACACAUACAGUAGC